UUUUUUAUUACGAUUUUUUUUUCCUCCAUUUGCCGUUCUACCGCUCUGUCCCCAGAGUGUGAGGCACACACCUUCCACAACCGUUAACAUCCCAUCCAUCCACAUCCAUCCGUCCCUCCCUCAUCAUCAUCCUCUCGACCAUCCACCUAGAGAAACAACCCUGCCAGCUCAGGAUGCUUUACCUGGCAUAAACAAGGGAUCCCCUUCUCCCCCUCCCCUCUCCCGUACUCGUCUCAUCCCCACUCAUCUCACAUUGCCAUCUUGCUGCACAGCUCUCCGCUCCACUCCAUUCCUCUCACCCUCCCCUCUCCUCACUGCCGGCCCGGGGGUGAAGGCGGUCUUUUGAAGCACCCCAUCCUUGAAAACGUCCUCCUCCUGUUCCACUUGAAUCAGAACGCGUCUCGUGGCGCGCUUCCCCCGUCGUCUGUCCUGUCUAACUGCUCUGCCGGCAUCCCUAUUUAAAUGAUCCCGCCACUUCCUACCACGAUAGUAGCAACAGUCUACACCCUUAUCCUCGCUAUACUCUCAUGCGUCCAGUUUCGUCGCUCCCAAACACCCUUACGACUGGGGGCUGCGGUCAUGGGCAUCUGUGGCCUGUCAAUUUCAGCACUCUCGAUCGUCUACACCACCGAUAAAAUGUCACUGUCGGCCUUUUGGGUCUACCAGUUCGUGGCCGAGUGUAUCGCUGUGACAUGGGUGAUCACGACCAUUAUCCACCUUGGUUACGCAUUUUAUCCUUUGACCAGACACCAGACUCUGAUCUGGAGAACAGCACUGGGUUCUGUGGUUCUUUAUGACCUGGUGGCUAUCGCUGAACUCAGCUACUACUGCUAUGGGGUCUGGGGCUCGGGCUCGCUCUCGGCUGAAGUUCCUGAACUCUGGAUCUACUGGGUCAGACAGAUGGUCAAAGUUCUUACUUGCGCCAUUACCAUCGCCUAUCUCUUUGUCCCCUUGGUGCGGCACCAUCACAGUACUGGAGUAGCCAUGAUUGCGGACAGCAACACGUUGGCUGUCGGAACUUGGUAUCUGAGUGCUCUUGGUGUGACAUUCCUGGGAUACACGUCAAUGUUCAUCUACUACAUGAACAAACCCAACGACGUGUUCAGCCCCCAAGCACAGGCAUUAGAUCUCUGUAUCCGCCUUACAGCCUGCCCAAUCUUCUCGCUUCCACCUCCGCAGUUCCUUCUACGCUAUUUCCAUGCCAAGUACGGCUCGACGGUUCGUGACGACAAUCCGCACACGAUGAUCGAAGAGGGCAUCACGAACGAUCCCCGCCCCAGAAGACCGCCCAUGCUGGUCAGCCAACCGACCUCGUAUAACUCGAGGCGUGAGCAUGACUAUGACUUCGAUUAUCCAUCUAUUCAUGAAAGGCACAGUCUGAGAUUCCAAUCACCAUACUCUGCUCUCGACGACGAUGAUCGAUGCAGGCGCUACAUAGAGGAGGAGACCAACAUUGGCACCACAUCUAGCCUAGGCACAGCCGCGGACACUAGUCCCAAACUGAAUCCGCAUUCGGCAGGCUCGACGUUGAAGCAGGAUGACACCCAUAUGCCACCAUCGAUAGGAGUAGCAGACGAUGCGGUGCUUUCGGCUCUGUCGAUAACCUUACCACCAACGGUUCAUCAUCCGACCCCCAUCAAGGGCGAAUCUCUAUCGCCUAUAUCUCCCUUUUCUUUUGCACCUGGUGUCUUACUUGCGAGAGGCGAGGAAGAAGAAACAGCUAUUGCUGCUCGCAGAAUCUCACGUCGCUUGACUAUGGAGGGGCGAAAGGACGGGUUGGAUUUUUUGAACAUCUCUGGGCUGAUGAAAUGGCCACAUCGCCCCAACUCUGCCAUACCAGCAACCAAAUCAAGAGUAACAGGAUCUACAAAUUCAUCCUCUGCCUUGCCAACCACGACUUCAGGGACGAACUUUCUCAAGGCCAGUCGCCGCCACAGCGAUACUCCCGAACGUAAUAUAUCGCCUUCCAGGAGAGCAGUAAGAGAGAAGCUGAGUAUGAUGGGCGGUAGCUCUCUGGUAGAGGAAGACGAGGCUGAGGAGGACCAAACAUGGCAUUCACGAGAAAACAAGGACAUCUCCGAGAAGGAGGCAUCGCACCACGAGCCACCAUCGCGGCGAGGCUCCAGGAAGGAUGAAAAGCUAACGGAGCCAUCGAAUACAACAACGACUAAGAGUGCUGAGCAGUAUACCUCAGUUGAGCCAUCCAACAUUCGCACAAAUGUUCAGCAAUUAAAGAGUCAUGAAAAUGGCAGAGACGAUCUACAUGCUCAUUUGCCAGCAUUCAACGUCGCAGCAUCGGAAUACAACGGAGGUCGCGGCAACAACACGUCUCAGUCAAUAGGCAAGAAGAUGUCAAUGGACAAGAUCCGCAGAAUGUCACGCAGCGCAUUGACGCGACUUCAGGAAGGUGGCCUUGGAGCAGCACUCAGUAUACCUACAACAACAGGACCGCUGUCGCCAACAAUAUUGCAUACGGAACAUGGGUAUCCCGCCAGAGGGGAACGGAUGGGGCCUAAAUCGCUACCACAUGCUGGUGGUGAUGUACUAAUCAGCAUGCCCCCUGAUCAACAGCACAACGACGAGUCUCAUGGUCAACAGAAUGGACCCAUCAUAACUCCAUAGUGCCAGUCAUUCCCUGCUGCCUGUCUUUUUGUUUGUCUGUUUGCUUUUUUUUUUUUUUUUUU